AUGGAAUUCAAUGCACAACCCCAAUAUCGUCCAUCGCUUGGUGCGCCCGAUAUUUUCGUCCAGGAUCCCUCGCGCCCCGGCCCGCAGAUGAUGUAUUCGUAUGGCAAUGCUUCCGUGCAACCGCAACCGCAAUCCACCCACACCUCGGCCUCCUUUCAGCCAGCCAGCACGUGGCCGCUGCCGCCGCCGGACCUCAUGUCCAAGCCCCAGCCGCCCGCCUCCGUGCCCGCCCACCAGCCGCAGAAGUACCACUACCACCAGGCCUCCGAGUGCUACCCUGCCCCCGCCCACCAAGACACGGAAUCAUGGUGUCAAAAGGCGUGCGAGAUGAUGGACUAUCCUAACAUGGAUCCAGACAUGCCCGACUUCAGCCACCCCUUCAUGGCCCACGACGAGGACUCGCCCAUCAUUGACCUCAGGCAGAACCCCACCAUGCGCCAGGACCCCAACACCACCUACCUGCACAACCCGUCCCAGCGCUUCUCGGGCGCCUCCUUCUCCACCACGAGCACCGGCACCGGCUUCAUGCCCGACGUUUCCACGUACGAUGACUUUUCGUCCGAGACCGACACCCACUCGUACACAGCGUCUGACUAUGACAGCUGGGCCUCGAUGGAUCCGCCAAACAACCUCCUGUCGCCCCUGACCUCCCCGCAGCGCCACGAUCCCGUGCGGACCGUCAGCCGCGGCGGCGCCUCGCCCGGCCCUCACCCCCACCAGCACCCGGCCGUCCGCUCCUCGCCCUACACCCUGGACAGCGACCGCGCCAAGAGAUGGUCCACCGGCAUGACCGGCGCCCCCACCUCCACCCCGGCUCUCGCCGUCCAUCAGGUCCAGGACCGCUUCGCCAACUACGGCCAGCGCCUGAAUCCGCAUCCCCAGCAGUCCAUGCCCGGCUUCGCCCCGAGCACCAUGAGCAUGCACCGCCCGCAGUCCCAAUACGUGCUUUCCUCGCAGCCGCAUCCGCUGCCUUCGACUCAGGGGCCUCUGUUCUCCCCUCCCCACCAGCGCUACCAAUUGGAGGCCCCCCGCCCCGUCCCGUCCCAGGGCAUGUAUGGCCUGCUCCAGAGCAAUGACCACCAGCACCACGGCUGCUCCGCCCACUUCGCCGACUUCUCCGAGCAGCCCAAUCUGUACGCAUCCCUGCAGCAGGAUCCCUGCGACCCCCCGGAGUCGGACUUUCAUCCGGCGGAUCCCGACAUGAUGCCCAAGGAGCAGGAAUUGCGCUUCGAGGGCGAUCUCUACACGCCCCGCUGGGUCCGUGGCCACGGCAACAAGCGCGAGGGCUGGUGUGGACUGUGCAAGCCGGGCAGGUGGCUCGUGCUGAAGAAUAGCGCUUAUUGGUACGACAAGUCGUUCACGCAUGGCGUCAGUGCGAACACGGGCGCCGCCUUCCAGGGUCCGCAGGAUACUCGUCGCACAGAGGGCAACUUGGACGUGUGGGAAGGCUUGUGCGGCAGCUGCGGCGACUGGGUAGCGCUUGUCAGCAGCAAGAAGAAAGGCACCACCUGGUUCAGGCACGCUUACAAGUGUCACACUCAUCCCAAGGCAAAAGAUGGUCCCAAGCGUCGCCGCGAAACGUCCUCUCAGCAGACGGCUCGCAAUACCAACAGCAAUCGGCCUUCGACUGCCAUCUCGCUAUCGUCAUCGUCGCGCCCCAACAGCAGCAGUCACCCCCAGCAGGCCACUCCGUCGAUCAAGCCGGAGCAGUCCGUUGGCGACUCGGCGGCAUACGGCGUCUCGACGCCCGCCAGUGACUCGACGCCUUCCCCCCGGGGUGGGCGUGGGCCAAUGCUGUCGCAACAACAGCCAAUGCAUCAGCAACCGCAUCAAACGCCGCAGCAUUCAUACAUGAACCAUCUAGUCCAUGUUCCAGGGCCGCACCACCAGCAACACGACAGCGUUGUCAGCAGCUCGAUAAAAGGCUUUGGAGCGGGCAACUGGGCUGGCAUGAUCUGA